AAUGAGUUCGAUGUCUCUUAAAGGGCGACCAUUACCUAACUUUUACGAUUUCGUAGAAAAUUCAACAGAAAGAAAUAAUUGCGAAUGGUCGGAAUUGGUGGAUAAUAGCCAAUUCGAUUUAAUUCUUACCGAAAAAACCCUUAAUAAAUGGUCGGAUAAUGAAAAAACGCCACCAUUCAACGGUCGAUUAGAAAAGGAUGCGAAUUUUAAACAUAUAAAAUUUCCGAAUCCUAUGGAAAGUCCAAUUUUGAGGAAAACUCCAAAGUCUCGUAUGAAACUUGCUUUAGAUUCUGAAUAUAAAAAAUCUCCGAUCUACGAAUAUAAGCAUGGUCGACCAACAGGUUAG